AGAAACACUUCCUGGACCCAUUAACGUUAAUAAAACCAAACAAACUUUAUAAUGUCUUUGCAGAGUGUCAACACGGUCGCAAGUUACCGUUUCGUCGCGGUUGCUGGGAACAACCUAUUUUUCUUUUGUUUUGUUGAUUUGAGGUUUUAAAAAUGGAAAUUUGUUUUUUUUUCUCGGCUAUCUGCAACCCUACAUUAACUAGCUAGUAGAGGAGGUGUUGAUCCCCAGGUUUGUGUUUACAAAGAGAGAGAGACCGGGGGGGGGUGGAUGAAAAACAACCCGUUCGUUAUGGAGUAACUAGCUAACAGUAUCUAGUUUUAGGUGUGGACGGUACUACAGACAGAGAUAACAUUAAACCCAGCUAGUUAUGGCCAUGUCGUUGAUGCAGGCCUGCCGCAGUUUAGCUCAAUCUACAUGGCUCCUGUCGUUUUGUUUCGUUCACCUCCUCUGUUUGGACGUUACCGUCGCSGAGAGAGAGGAAUGGUACACCGCCUUCGUUAAUAUCACCUACAUAGACCCGGUCACCUCUGAAGUCCGGACGGAGAAAGCAGAAUACGGCCGAUACGGGGAACACUCGCUUAAACGCGACGCAAAAGGAGUCGUGGUACUUCCUUCUCUCUCCCAGGAUAGACAAGCCUGUGAUCCCGGUACCMGGUUCGCUGUUCCGGUCCAGGGCAAUGCGUGGAUAGCCCUGAUUGCCAGGGGAAACUGCACAUUUAAAGACAAGAUACGACACGCAGCGAGCCAAAACGCCACGGCCAUCGUUAUAUUCAACGUUGGAUCCAGCAACUCCAAUGAUACAAUCACAAUGCCACAUGCAGGUAUGGGUGAUGUGGUCGCCAUCAUGAUCCCCGAGCCUAAAGGUCGUGAGGUCGCUGCUCUGCUAGAGCGGAACGUCACGGUAACCAUGCACAUCACCAUAGGAACGCGUAACCUCCAGAAGUACGUGAGCAGGACGUCGGUGGUGUUCGUCUCCAUCUCCUUCAUCAUCCUGAUGAUUAUCUCUCUGGCCUGGCUCGUCUUCUACUACAUACAGAGGUUCAGAUACGCCAACGCACGAGACCGUAACCAGAGGCGCCUGGGAGAUGCAGCUAAGAAGGCCAUCAGUAAACUGCAGGUCAGGACCAUCAGGAAAGGAGACGAGGAAACGGAGUCAGACUUUGAUAACUGUGCCGUGUGUAUCGAGGGCUACAAGCCCAACGAUGUGGUCAGGAUACUACCCUGCAGACAUCUGUUCCAUAAGAACUGUGUGGACCCCUGGCUGCUGGAUCACAGGACGUGUCCCAUGUGUAAGAUAGACAUCCUCAAAGCCCUGGGCAUCGCUUUAAAUGCAGACUGUCUGGAUGACCUGCCCUUGGACUAUGAGAUGGUGGGGGGUGUGGUCCUGGAGGCUGUGGUAUCGGCGGGGUCCAGUGAGGGGACCCUCAGUGAGGGGGGGUCGGUGGUUCUAGACCCGGGGGUGCGGAGGGUGGGGCUCCCACAAGACUACCACGACCCAGACCCUCUGAGGGAUAGUCCCAUUACUGUUACUACUGACACCCACACAGGUGAACUCCUGCCCGUGACGAGCAGUGCGUCCGUGGCGUCCCUGGUGAUCGCUGUAGAAACCGGGCUGUCGGACGAAGACCUUUCACUGGAACAACCAGCCCUUACUGGGGACAACAAGUCCUGAGACCCGGGCCACACCGGGACCAGAACAAGGUCUAACCGGGGUAAGUCUGGGUUACCUUGGUUCUGUAUUGUCUUGACUAUACCUGGGACAAAUCUAACUUGGGAGAGAGGACAGAGACAUACCUGUAGGCUGGAUAAACCUGCCUGGAAUGGGUCUACCUGGAUAAACCAGCCUGGGAUGGAUAUAGCUGGAUAAACCAGCCUGGAAUGAGUCUACCUGGAUAAACCAGCCUGGAAUGGGCCUACCUGGAUAAACCAGCCUGGAAUGGGUCUACCUGGAUAAACCAGCCUGGAAUGGAUAUACCUGGAUAAACCAGCCUGGAAUGGGUCUACCUGGAUAAACCAGCCUGGAAUGGAUAUACCUGGAUAAACCAGCCUGGAAUGGGUAUACCUGGAUAAA